AUGAUUAAUGCUUCUAGAAGCGAUCAUGGAAGGAAUCCUUCGCAUGCAAUGCGACCGGGGGACUCUGAUCAGGGAUAUGGCCGGGACGAGAAUAUCAAACAAGACCGAAAGCAAAGACGUCCGUCGGCCCCUUUAAACUCAGGUGUUGCAUGA